AUGCCCGAGCGCAUCCACCGAGCAACAGAAAAAGUGUUUCGGAGCGUCAUGAGAAUGAAGUCCUGGUCGCCCACCCGUUCGCGCAAGCAGCAAAAGGACGAGUCGGGCCGCUGCUAUCUCAUGGAACUCCCCACGGAGUUAUUACUAGAGAUAGUCUCGCACUUGACGCUCGUGCCGGAGGCGGCCUUUGCGCUGACCUGUAAGCGCAUGCUGGCAAUUUCCGGCGAAAUCCUCAAAUCACAAUCCCUCCGGUUCGGUCGAGACUUUGCGCCGCUUUUCCACCAUUAUCGGAAUGGUCACAACUUUGUUACGCCGCGAUGGCAGUUUAUCAACCUUUUGGAGAAUUCAAAGUGGCGCGUCUGCUCCAAGUGCUUGAAAUUACAUCCGCGGACGGCAUUUUCCACGCGCGAACUAAGACGCAAGUCGGAUCAUCGAUCGUGCAAUGUGGGCGAACUAGCAGGGAUCGUCGACUUGUGUCCCUGCAAGAAGAUCACCUUCCGUGAUAAACUGGAUCUAAUGGACCACCUGCGAGUUCGAAAGAUCUCUGUGAACGCCCUCAAGACACAGUUUGGUGAUAAAGUUGGAGACCGAUAUUGCUGGCAUUCAUGUACAGAGCAGUACGGACCCACCGAGCUGAAAGUAUCUCUCUUCCCGGAACUCGACGAGGAAGAUCAGUUGAUUAUGCGCACCGAGUACCAACUCACGACCGAAGCGGGCCAAGUCGGUAAAGAAGAGUAUAUGACACCGCGCUUUGGAUGCGCACACCGAUCAGUCGAUCUCUGGCUUUCGAGCGUCUACCAAACCACUAUCUGCCGCCUCUUCGACUCAUUUUGUACCUCGUGCCGUCGCAUCUCAGUCUGCGGUGCCUGCAACACUACCUUGAAGUGUCCACGAAAACAGCCGUUCCAUUCUGAAGAGUCCGGUAAAGAUACAUUUAACUUCUGGACGCAGCGCAACCUUGGCGGCUCAAAUGCCAUCCCCGAUGCUGCGUGGGGUGCGCAACGCAUUCAUCCCGCAGAACCAUCGAUCGGCGUGGAGAACUGCAACGAGCUGUGCCCCUGGACGGUGCGAGAACAUCCUCCUUUGACAUUCUCGCCCAGUAUUGGGGAGGAGGUUAUUGAGCCGGCGAUGAACCCGCAGCCUUUGAGUUCACUCUACUCGUCGAUUCGCAUGUUGUAA